AUGGUGAAGCUACAACGCGGCGUCACCAACACACCGCUCAAACGCAGCCACCUCACCAGCCUGGAUGGUGUCAUCGAAUUCGUACUAAGUGGCUUCGGUCAACUGGAUGUGGAUAUAUUUACGGAUAUGCGAAGCAUUGAAACGCUCAAGUUUGCAUGGUUGAAUGCGCCUUUGCCCGCUGGCUUCCUAGAGCCAAGCAGCGCACACUUAAGACAAAUACAAAUGCGUGAUAAUCGCUUGCAAACGCCACCAGCGCGCCUAUUUGCACCGCUGCACUACCUCGAGUUGCUCGAUUUGAGCUACAAUGGUUUGAGCGUCAUACCAGCUGAUAGUUUUGAGCAACUCUACAAUCUAACUGAAUUGGAUUUGAGCAACAAUCGAAUUGAACGCCUGCCAGCGGAUGUCUUCCGCUCCCUGCGCGAACUCACGGUGCUAUAUCUGUCAAAUAAUCGCUUGGAACAACUGGAGCUCGGCACCUUUGUUAAGAUCGGCAAUUUACAACAUCUCGAAAUCGAAAAUCUUGACGCCGCGGCAGCCUGCAACAUCUUCGACGGUCUCACCAAGCUGGAGUAUUUGGAGUUGAGCAACAAUUCGCUUAGCGUUUACUGCUUGCCACAUCAUAUGGGCUCGGUGCGCGUUAAAGUGGCGCAUAACCGUAUACGCGCGUUGCUGGUGCAUGCUGGUAAAAAUCAGCCGCGUUAG